AUGUCGAUGGAGGACUUUUUGUUUGGCAGCGAUUUAGAGGAUAGCGAUGAGGAAGAGAAAGCCACAAAACCACCUAAAAAAUCAGAGCGGGAUGCUCAAAUGAACGAGCUGUUCGGUGAUUCACCCAGUGAAGGAGAAGAGGAGGUUGAAGGUGGCGGUGCGCGUGAUUCUGAGUCAGACAAAGAAGAAGCGGAAAGCGGUGAAGAGACAGAAGAAAGAAAAAACUCGGUUCAAGAAGGAGAGGAUGAUGAUAACGAGAAAGAUAAUGAAGUAAGAAAUGAUGUCACUUGAUAGAACGAUUAGUGUCCAGGUCUAUACAAAAUUAAUCUUAAAGUACUCAACGGUAGACUUCAGGCUGGUUGAAACACCAUUCCAGUCACACGAACUGACAAGUUCAGGGGUGAACAACAGUGUGACCAUACGGUUUAACGGUACACACUACAUGGUUUAUUCACACCAGACACCAUUUAUUGUGGUGGACAACACAUGCAACAGAUGAGGAACCAUACAUGUAACUGGUAACAUCAGUUGUUCAUACUUCCCCCUGCUGUCAGUCGUCUGAUUAAUUGCAGAAUACCUAGCCACUCAAAUGAUAUACCUCAUGCGUCUACCAGCUAGUUAGCCUCUUAAUCAUGAAGCUGCUGCCUUGUAACCAAGUAGCUGUAUAGCCGCAUAGCCACAUUUCUAGGUCCAGCUUAUGAGUGGCCGAGUAUUCUACUGUUACUCCUGGCCAGUCAUCAAUGAUACGCCAAGCUGCUUAUUGGCAGAUAAGUUGUCGAGAUUUGUUAUCUGUAUUGUAAAAAGUGUAACUUUUAUUUUUAAUGAAAGGAUGUUGCAAAGCCGAAGCUUCAGACUCAGCUGUCAUCCACUGACUUGUUUGGAGAUGAUGAGGAACUUUCAUCAGACGAAGAACAGGUUGGUCUGCUCAAAGUUAUUUAAUUUUAAACUUCCCCAUCAAUUUCACCUUAUGCUACUGCACAUUGUUAAGGGAUUGCAGACUUUAAGUUCAAAUUUGUGGCUGUUUACUUGGUGUUACAGAUAGUGUGAUCACGAAAUUAAGGACAGUCAAAAACGCCAUUAACCCUUUAAGCCCCAAUAUCCACAUACAAAUUCUCCAAACUGAUCUCUAUAUAUUUCCUUAAAGAAUGAGUUGAGAGAAUUUGAUAAAAGAUCAAGUCAUUUUCUCUUAGGUGAUCAUUUUAUUAAUUCUCAUAACCUAGUCUCUUGACAAUGUAUGGAUAUCAUUGGGAGAAAAUUGAUGUUGGUCACUGUUAGACACUGAAGUGUCCAAAGAAAUUGUCUGUAUUAAGCGGGUCAUGUUAUUAAGAAGUGAAAAACACUUUUUUUGAGAACAAAAUACUAAAGAAAUAAUGGAGCAUUGUCAAAUUUAACAUCUGUAGCCUUCUCAAAGCCAUCAUUUCGCGGACUAAAUCCACAGAAACACUAAAAAUUGCUCAUUUAUAUAUUGCUUUCAAGAAUUACUUUAUCAGAACUGUUCUUUGCAUCACUUGUUUGUUGGCAAAAGUCUGAACUCACACAACUCAUCCUAUCCAGUUUACUGUAGUGCUGGAAACAUCAACAUGCUGUCAAAUGAAGGUUUUUUCACCUUCAGAAAGGAAAGGUCCAUGACUAUUAUGAUAAUGAAGUAUCUGCGAGGUUACCUUCCUAUGAGAAUCUGUUGAUUGGGCCAGAAACAAGUGUCCAUUGUCGGCAUUAAUGGGUGUCUGUAUUAAGCGGGUUGAAUUUAGAGAAAAUGUAAGUGCUUUCCCCAGGGACAAAGGAAACUGUCCGUAAUAAUGAGAUGUUCGUAUUAAGCAGCUAUCUGUUAAAGGGGCUGUGUCACGGCAGUUCAGUUCAUUUUGUUUAAUUUUUCCAAUUACUCGCCCUCAAUCGCUAUAGAACUUAAAGUAAGCAAAGAAAUGACAAAAAUGACAAAAUCAGAGAUCCGUGACAAUCAAAUAUGUCUCCUGAGCAUUAUUUUUGAAGUUGCAAGCAGCAGGAAUCAACUUUGAAAAACUGUUAGGUUGAACAGUUUUCAAAAACCCUUAAUUCAAUCCAUUACAAUCUUCUUCAGUUUUGCCCAUCUGUGGCAUCUGUUGUUUCUGUUAUGUCAUUUUAACCUUCCUUUAAAGUUUUAAGCAGAUAUUUUUAUGUUUCUCUUAAUUUAACGGGCAUUUUGUAAUUUCCUAAUUUGGCUGAAUUUCGUGACACAGCUCCUUUAAGUUGGGUUUAACUGUAACUCAAAGGAAUGAAAAGACUGAAUGGCGUCCACACCACAACAUCAUUUUUAACCAACUGUAGUUUCUGCAACACCAAGAAACACCCAAGCUCGCUUUCUCUCUCACAAAUAUAGCAUAGUUGUUGGUUCAGGUCACCAUGAAAGUUUGUAAAAUAGGACAUAAACUAAGAAUUUAACAAUGGAUUGUGCUAAAAUGUUCUGUGUUAAAAGCAAGGAAAUGUUAAGAAAUAAACAACGGUCUAAUAUAAGUUAUCCUGGAUU